GUGACGGUCCGUGAAGGCAACACUGGAGAAGUUGAAGAGAUCACGUGAUCAGAUGUGGAGCAGCGUAGGAAGGAGCCGUUGUCUCUUACUGUGAGCCUUCUCUUUCACCGAAAAGACACCGGAGGAGGAGGACAGACACUAUGUGCACCAGCGUUCAGCCCACCGAGUGGACCAGUGACCUGAGGAACCAGAAUUUUGAUGGCAUCGUCUUGGUGGCUCAGAGCCAUGAGUCCCUCCCCACUAAGCUGGAGUCCCUGAAGGCCCCUCUGCAGGACUACAACUCUGUGGACUCUGGCUUGGCAGAAGACGUGGUGGUCCUCAAGGUUCCUGGUCUCCCUGGCAACCGCCUGGUGUUUUCCUCCACCGGCCCUGUAAACCGCGACUACGAUGACGCUAGACGUUUCAGCGACGCAGCCCUGAACGGCAUCAAGCGAGCCCUGAAAGCUGGCAUGCAGCGCCCCCUGCUUGUGUGUCCCCCACAUAAGGAUUACAGCAGCAGCCCCUUGGUGGCUGCUCUGGGGGCUCUUCAUGCUCUGUACAUGCCACUUGAACUACGGGAGGCAAAGAUAAACGCCUCGCAGUACAAGGUGUGUGUCCUGGGGCUGUGGGCCGAGCAGGAGGCUGAGGGAAAGAGGCUGGUGGAGCUGGCGAACGCUCUGGAGAGCGGGAGACUGGCUUACCGUGACAUCGGCGGCUCAGACCCUGAGCGCAUGGCUGCUCCUCGCGUGGCUGAAUACGUGCAGGAACUGUUCAAGAACAGCCCUGUGAAGGUGGAGGUGGUGAGUGAUCUGAAGACACUGGAGAAGGAGUAUCCAUGUCUGGCUGCAGUUAACCGCUGUGCUAACAUUGUGCCUCGUCACCAGGCCCGAGUCAUCAAGCUGCAGUACUGUGGGGAGGGACCGAUCCAGAAGACACUCAUGCUGGUGGGAAAGGGCAUCACCUAUGACACCGGAGGAGCAGACAUCAAGGCCGGAGGCUUCAUGGCCGGGAUGCACCGGGACAAAUGUGGAGCUGCAGCUGUUGCUGGAUUCUUUCAGAUUUUAGCCCACCUGCAGCCAAAACAUCUGAAGGUCGUUGGUUCGAUGGCCAUGGUGAGGAACAGUGUGGGUGCAGACUGCUAUGUGGCUGAUGAGCUGGUGGUGUCCCGCGCUGGUCGUAGAGUCAGGGUGGGAAACACCGAUGCAGAGGGACGCAUGGUGAUGGUGGACCUGCUCUGCGAGAUGAAGGAGAAGGCUCCGCGGGAGGUUUCUCCUCACCUGUUUACGAUUGCGACUCUGACUGGUCACGCCAUCCGAGCCAUGGGGCCCAACUACUCUAUCAUCAUGGAUAAUGGACCGGCUCAUCGCAGUGGGAAUGCUGCUCAGUGGCAAAAAGCUGGAGAGGUGCUGGGCGAUGUGUUCGAGGUCUCCACGAUCAGACGGGAGGACUACGAGUUCCACAAGGGCAAGUCUGAGUAUGAGGACAUUCUGCAGGCCAACAACCUGCCUUCCUCUGCUACACCUCGAGGACAUCAGAGCCCCGCUGCUUUCCUCAUCAUGGCCUCGGGACUAGACAAGCAUGGCGUCGAUUCUGACACACCUCUGCCGUACUCCCACAUCGACAUCGCUGGGUCCAGUGGUCCUUUCCCUGGUGUUCCAACAGGAGCUCCUGUGGUCGCCAUGACAACCAACUACAUCCUUAAGGAUGGUCUGAACUAAGAAUCUGAAAAGAUAAAGAUGUAUUUCCAAAAUAUUUACAAAGCACACUUGAGUAUUAAGAAAACAAACCUUUCUUUAAUCUUUCAGAUACACAUUUCUCUUCCUUUGUGUACAACUUUGAGCUCUCUUCCUGUCAAAGUCUGUUGGGUUGCUUGAAUGGGUAUAAACUCCGGGGUUGCUCACAAAAACAUUUUUUUUUUAUUUUUGUGAGCAGUGAACGUAUCUGGGAAAAUCUUUUCUUUUUUUUACUCCUAUUCAUGUCAUCAAAAACUGCACAUUGAUUAAUAAAGGUUUUUACAGCAACAUUAA